UGUGCCAAAUCUAGUCGAUCGUCUGCUUUCAGUGAGAUCAGUAGCUUCUCUCACAUCUCGCCGGCAUUUUGCUUUCCGUUCUUAUUUUUACUUAGGGAAAUCACACUCAAUACAACAAAUAUGCCAGACACAAAGACCAAUGACCAGGAGACUGAAGUUGAGACUCCAGUUGUCAAGAAAGUAGAUGAUAAAAAGCCUGAAGUGGAGAGCGAAAAGAAUGCUGAAGAUGGCAAGACUGGAGAUAAAAAAGACGGUAAAGAUGAUUCCGACAAAGUAAACAGUUCUGAACAGCCGGAUGACUCUGAGUCGAAUGACAAAUCUGAAUCUGGAGCUGAGGAUUGUAAUGAUAACAAAGAAGAGACAAACAACAAAGAAAACGACGAGAAAGAGAACGAAGACGAUGUGAUCAGCCCGCGCAAAAGAGCCCCAGAUGACUUCAUAAGGGACGAUGUCAGCCCAUCUAAGAAAUCAAAAACAGAAACUGAAGAGAAGGAAGCUGUAGCACCAGAGUCAUGAUUCUGGCAAAAUCUCUUAUGAACAGAGUGUACUGUUUAGCACAUUUCUGGCUAAUUUAGUUGGCAUUUCAUUAAGAUGUAUAAAUGAUCAUAUCAUUUGCUAUCAUCUUUUUUGAGUUCUCAAUAAAUUAUAAGUUGUUAAUUGUUUUUUUUUUUCUUCCUUCCAUCCUUGUCCUUAACGUCUUGACAAGAUGUUUUCAAUACUUAAGUAUAGUAGCUAGUUGUGAAACCAAUAACAUUUACUAUAUUUUUCCAUGUAGACUGCAUUAUUAGUUGGCUUCUUUUACCCUAUUCCUCCUUCUCCAACCAUGCCUGCCAGCCAACGAGACGGCAAAUGGAAAAAUGGGAGGGGGGACUUGCCUGCCAGUGCUUUCUUAACUUUUAAAAAUUUCCUCAUAACUUUCAUCACAGAUAACAUAGCUUUUUGCUACCUUUUCAUUGUUUACAGAAUACAAUAUCAUCACUUGUUUUUCUUUUGUUUUUGUCAUCCACCCUAUAAGUAAAUAAAUACCUUGUAGGUUUUGCUAGGGAUAGGGUAGUAUCCCUUUGACUAAUUUCAAUCGCACAACACGUUGUGCUACCUAAAGUUGGUGACCCAUUGCCAAUUCACUUGACCCCUUUUACAUCUGUAUUUUACAGGUGUUACUUUAAAGUUUCUCUUAACCCUUUACAGUGGUUUGAGGGUCAUAUAUUUUUUAAUUGCAAGUGUUUAGACGAGAUGUUUUUCUUUAUUGGUUACUUUAAAGAAACAUAAAAAAACUUUUUUUUAGCAUAGUAUUGAAAACGUCAUGAGUGAUGGGAAUCCUGAUUUCUAUGUUUUGUCCCCCCCUUCCCAGCCUUCUGUAUGAGGAGAGCCCCUUGUUGGUCUUGCCACUGAGGACUGUAUACAAAGUUUUAAAUAGAUUGAAUGGCUUGUGUAUGUGGCAAGGAACUUACAAAAAAUAAAUCCUCCUUCAUACUUCCUGAUGGUGAAUAAAUGGUUUCAUGUGUACCACAAA